AAUCCAAUUAUGCUAUUAUAAAUUUACUUGUUUCUUUGUAAUUUAAAGAAUUAAUCUCCAACCAAUAAUGAGUGCCUUGUCUAUACUAUAAUAUCGAUAAGUUACCCCUCGAUAUGCAUUACACAUCUGCAAAUUGGAGAUUGAAGUUUAAAAAAGCACUUUGAAUCAAAAAUACCGCGCAAAUAAAAUAUCAAAAGUUUCUGUAUCAUAUUUCUGCAAUAAGCGCCAUAAAAUGGCACUGAAGCGUAAACGUAAAGCUCAAACUCCAUCUGAGAAAACCCAAGACGGUGCAGAGACCAAAGCCAAGUUUUCCAAAUCUGAAGAUCCAGUUGUAGCUGCUAAUCUUCCCGUUUUGUAUAUAGAACAUUGUCGCUCCUGAAACGUGUUUCGCCGCCGUGCUCUUCAAGUUCAUGCUGAUCUGCUUGAACAAUUGCGUUUAUUAAAGCCAGAUGUAGAACUUCAAUUGCUUAUGAAUACCGAUCGUCCACCUCGGCGAGGUUCCUUUGAAAUAUCUAUUGCUACAAGUCCUACUGAAGAACGGCAAGAAAUUUGGUCAGGCUUAAAUAGGAAACCCCGAGCACAAAAGUUUCCACCAAUUAAAGAGUUAACUGAGGCGGCAGGUAGAGUUUUGGGCAUACAUGUGGUUAAAGAUAAGGUGGGUGAGAUUGAAGUCGCUAAAGAUCAAACUGAACAAAAAGGAGUAACUAAAACUGGCAAUAAGAGAAAACGUUCUAUGUAAUAAAUAUUUUAAUUUUUGAAAACAACGAGUAGCAUUUAUGACUAGUGUUUGGUAAAAUCCUUUAAUCGGAAGCUAAACGCUAUGACUUUUUUUUGCUCAAAACGUUUGUUCGAUGAAAUUAAAAUAUGUAGAAUACGGGAUUAAUUAUAAUUAAGAAGUUACUAAUUUAGUGUUUCUAUGUUAUUAUUAUAAAAAAGCAGGAAAUUCACAUAAUUUUGUCAAAUUUAACAAUAUAAAUUACCCCUGACUUUCUUUAUUACUCAAAACCGGUAUUAUAAGUUAAGUUAAUUACGUCCUAUUUCAUGGCUGCUAAGGAGAAGCAAUUAUUAAAGCAUACGAUAUUUUUAAUUUUUUGGUAACAAAAUGCUGAAUUUUUGUAAAUAAAAUAUUUUUGCUUGUUUA